AUGGGUCAAUCGUGCACCAGGCAGCGAGGCCUGGGCGCGUGUCGGGGCGAAGAGGAGGCGUCGAGGACUUCAGGUCCGCAGGCCGCUUUCGAGUCUCCUCGAGAAAAGAACUGUGCGUGCGAUGCAGCCAAGGCCCGAGAGCACAAGAGCUCAUGCAGCUCCGAGCAAAGAGCGGGAGCAGAAAGAGAUACCUUCAAAGCAGGCGCAGAUUCCGUUAAAGACAUGUCAAACUCUGGAGGCGCGCCGCCUGCCUCCCGGCUGCUGGAGGGAGAGAAGCAACUGAACACGAGGAAGAAGUGGAAGCCGGCCAGCCCGUCUCUGGUGUACUGUCUCAUCAACAGCCUCGCAGAUCGACAUCUCGCGGUCGUUUUUGACUGCCGAGAAAGAGAGAAAUACGAAGUCAACCACCUUCACUACGCAAUUUGCCCAUGGAGGAGUUCUCACGACGUCGCUGUCGUACUCGAAUACUUUGAAAAACACGGAACCCCUCUAGUCACAAAUGCGGACCUCUUCAAACAACGAAAAGGCUUGGCACCCCCGGUCUCGAAAUCGGCGGCGGCGAAUCCGGCUGCGCGUAGUCCUCGCUUUGUGUUUCCGGCCUUUCUCUCGCGCACUCAGACCCUCCCGAGUUCUGCGAAAAAGAGUGAAAAGAAACGAGACUCAAAGGGCGAGAACACUCCUCCAUCCCCCAUCGUCUUCACCCCGCAUGCAGGUGCCUCCGACUCGACAGCUCCGUCUUUGGUCGCUCUCAACUCUCAGCGCAGUCAGACGCAGCGAGAAGAAGAGAGCAGACGAUCCGGAGACAAGGAAGGCGGCAACAGCCGAGACACUCUUGCGGAGACGGGAGAACCAGAAACCACCGGCGCCGACGCUGAGGCUUCAACCGCAGAAAACCACCGGUUGAAUGCCCACACAGUUUUGGCAGACAGGGCCACAGUGGCAGCGGCGGCAAUGAAGCGCGCAACGCCCUCCAGGAAUCUCUCCGGUCGGGAAGAUCUCUCUUCUUCUCUGCCGUCGCCUUCGCAGAUGGCUUCAGAUGAAGCGGGGAAGAACGAGGCAGAGGAGAAAGCGGAGGCGGCUGAUGCAGAAUCCGAGGAGGAGCCGAAGAGACUCGCCGCCCUCAAGGCAUGGCUGAGAACCGUCUGCAAAUUUCGCACGGUGAUCAUGUACGGCGAGGGAGACGACGAUCCUCUUCUCCUUAUGUUCCUGAAUUGUUUGCUCGACAGCGGAGCCCGCUUCAAGGCUGCUAUUGUACUCGCAGGCGGCAUCUCCUCCCUCGGGUGUCGGUACAGUCCGCUCUCAAUCACGUCGGAUCUGCUGCUUCCUGGUCCCGUCGAGCUCAUUCCUCCUCUUCGAGAAAAGCAGACUUCUUCUUGUCUUCCAAACACCGGAGCUGCAGCAUCCGCUCGUCGCGCGCCGUCGAAGCUCCAAGAGUGGCGAGAGGGAGGCCCCCGCGCCAGUCUGGCGCGGCUGGCGACGCGUCGGAUGCUCGGACGAAGCGCGACAGAGGCUCCCGCGUCGAGUUUCGCGGUUUUUGUCGCUUCGUCGCCUUCCUUGAUUCAUGAAAACGAGGACAUCCUCAGACACUUUGAAAUCAAGGUCGUCGUCAACUUGACGACGACGCCCUGUCCGCUUCCUGCCGCGGAGUCGGAUGCUCAGACACAGUCGCCCAGGCGCGUUCGUCAGCUUGUGUCUGCCGCCUCCUCCCCUGCUGGCUUUGAAGUUCAUGACAUGCCUUUCAACGACGUCGGCUCGUUCCCCUUUGAGGCGGCGGCCUCUCUCCUCAGACAAGCUAAAGAACGGGAUGUUGCCGCUCUUGUGUACGAUUACAGAGGCGAGAACACAGUCGCUCCCGGCGUCGUCGCUUGGUUCCUCAUUGACGAAGGCCAUGGAGUUAUCCAGACACUAAAUCACAUUCGCCUGCGUCUUCCUCUCGCCGAGAUGAAUCCGACGCUGGUAUCCGAGCUCCACCAACAUGCAGAGACGCUUUCGAAGGUUCCUGCUGGCGCCGCGCCCUCGCCACCGCCAACCGCGGAUGCAGCGAGAAAAGGGAAGCACUUUGCGUUUCACAUGCUGCCGUUUCCUCCGGCUGGCAAGAAGGAAGCGGCAAGAGCCGAGAUACAGCUGGGAGGAUUCCGAGAGCCUGACACAGAACAGACCCAGCCGCGAACAGAGAACGGCGAGGCCGAGCCUCUUCCAAAAACUGGAGAGGACUCGCACGCCACUCCACCGACGUCCGGAGCCGCGGACGCGUCGCCGCUUCUUCUCCAGGGUCCCUCGUUCCAAACGUUUGGAUCUCUGUACACCGACGGGUCGCCGGUAAAUCCCCUGCCGGCCGUACAAGAGCAGCAGCAAGAGCUUCCGUCGGAAGCCACUCUCGAGCAGACAGUGAAUCGCUUGCUCGCGACAUGGUACCCUUCGGUCUCUCCUGCAGCAGCUGAUCUGAGCAUCGCGACUCUGAGGAGAAUUCUUUCGAGCAUUCUUCAGCACCCUACCGACGAGAAGUUCCGGCGACUGAAACUGACCAAUAAGCGAGUGCAGGAGAGCGUCGGGGGUCAUCCCGAACUUAUGAAAAUUCUGUUCCUUGGUGGGUUUGUGCGACACCCUUCGGAGGCAUUGAUCGAGUUUCCCUGCGAUGCGCCACUGCAGAAGCUGUCGGAUCUUCUCGUCCUUUUGCCAUCUUCUUCCUUGUCAUUUUCGUCUGCCGUUGGAUGCGCUCGUGACGCAUCCUCUUCUCUUUUAUCAGGCAGCCUCUCGACUCUUGGUCGCUCUCUCGCUCCUUCCUCCUUCGUUCACAAUUCAGAUGAAAAUCGAGACCUCACCUCUUCCUUCUCCGCUGCUCCUCUCUGUGGGUCUGCGUCGGUCUCCUCUUCCCUGCCUUCUUCGCUCCCUCACUCUUCUCUUCCUCCUGCGUCGUCUCUCUCUAACGCUUCGCUUCCUCUUCGGUCUCCGCAUUCAUCCUCUCGUUUCGCUACCUCCGUGUCGAGCGGCGCAGGAGGUUUGACAGGGAAGGGAUCGACGAACACAGCGAGAUGAAGAGAAAAGAGAGGAGAACAAGAAAAAAAAGGGGAGAAGAAGAAGAGAGAGAGCGCGUGAGAGACGCAAGAAAGAUACUUCAAUGCUGGUGGGGCCGCCGAAGCUGAACAGGCG